AGCAAGGAGUGUAGGAGAGUAGGAGGGUCCCAGAAGAGAGCACAAGCCUCUCACACACACAAACACACACACACGCUCACACUCACACAUAAACAUUUACGUUGGCUCCUCUGUUGUACUUUGUGGAAUAGUGGAUUACUUUCCUAACUGAACCACUCAUCGAGCUAAUCCAGGCACGAUCAGGUGGCAGUGUGUCGGAGCGGUGUUGAACUGUGAAAUGAACCAUGAAGGGGUCCAGCAGGCCAGUCACUAGCCGAGCCAACAGCCACACAACCACCAGCAGCAAGAGAAGCAGUAGCCCGGGGAGGCCCCGCAGCAUGCAGCUGGGCCCUCACUAGCACCAAGUGGACCCGGUCCUCUCCUCUUUACCUGGGGCCAGGGCUGCAGAAUGCUCAGUCCUGUCACCCCAUACAGUCUGUUGAAGAUGCACUGGUCCCCGGAGCACGCCGCCCCCUUAUCUCAGUGGCCUGAGCAGCACCUAGAUGUCACCUCUACUACCUCGCCGCCGUCUGCCCACAAACACGACCCCUAUGCUACGGCUGGUCGCCGUAGCUAUGCCCCUGCAGGUUACCCUUGGGCAAGUGAUGACAUAUCAGCCCUUACUGCUUCUUCUCUGCUCAAACGCUACGCUGAGAAGUACUCGGGCUUGGAGCUGUCCUAUGAACGCCCUCCUACAGGGGCCUACUCAGAGCCUGGAGCUUUCCUGAAAGCUGAAUCUGAGCCAUGGGCACUGGGUCAGGGCAUGGAGUGUUAUCCUGGAAUGGAGGCAUUAACUGGCACCAAGGUGGGCUCUGCAUCUGUGGGCAUCCCAACCACAGGAAGUGUGACAGUAGUGAGCAGUAACUUGGCCUCUGAGCCAGGCUACAGUGGCGCUGGCUCCUGCAGUGCCCCGUCAUCUCAGGAAUACCAUCCUGCCUACAACAGCACCUACCUGUCCUCAGGAUACUGCCCUCAGCCCAGCGCAGCACUUCCCCCUGCCCCUCUACACUCUUUGCAGGCCGCACCCACUCUGGUGCCCAGCUACAGCGCCAGCACUCCUGUCUACAACUACCCUCCAGGGUGCUACCCCCAAACAAGCCUGUCUUCUGGAUACAGCCACCCCAGUGCCUCCUACCUGCCCCCUGGGAUUAGCGCCCCCACUCCUCUGGCCCCUAGGCCCACCAUGGUGGGGGGCAAUUACAGCUACCCAUCUCACAGCCUUGGAGGGAGCUCCGAGGGAGGAGUGCCACUGAAACGCAAGGCCUUUGAGAUGGCAGAGGAAGGACAGGAGGGAGGAGAGGUGGACGGAUCGCGCUACAGAAAGUAUAGCAACGGCCAUGGAAACAGUCACAGCAAAGGUCACGGCAAUGGCUACGAUAUGAGCGGCUCGACCUCAGACCCGCAGGCCUACAAACCUGGAAAGCCCAUGAUGUCACCCCCUUAUGGCGGGGCAGGGGACUACAGCCCACCAUCAGGCCAAGCAGGAGAGAGUGUGUCAGGGGAGCACAACUUUCCUCAGCAACAAAGAAUGUCUAUGAAGAUACCUGCAUCGCACACAGGAUCUGAGGACCCCACUGCAGGGCGCUGACAACACUGGUCGGCAUUUGAGAGGAUUCUCUCACUCUUUGAAACCAACCAGGGUUCUUAAUCCAGACAGAUUAAGGGGGAAAAAGGUUUAAUUUCAGUAGUGAACAACAAGAGGGCACAAGACUGGUAUUUCUUGUGCAUCCUUUAACAUUUUCAUUAUUCAUGUUUUUCCAAAGAUUCAAAGGGACAUUUUGCCAUGUAAGGUUGAGGUAAGUUUUAGGGGUGAGGUUAAAGAAUUCUCUACAUAGAUAGCGUUAAGACAGUCCAAACGUAUGAGUGUCUGUUUCUCUCAGGAUCCUAUUUAUUUCCUUUCUGCUACUGCAGCAGCAGCACUGCAACGUUGCUGUUUUAGACGUUGGUGUAAUUAUUUUUGGCCAUUAUGUAUGUAAAAGGCCUUUGACUGCAAUACGUUCUACCACACCACAAAAAUCAUUACCGACCAAAAAGUAAGGAGAGCAAUAACUGAAAUGGUGAGAUUGCCAUACUACUUCAGCACAAUCACUGCUACUUUACACAGCUUACUCUCCGGCUCGGUGUGGCCUCGAGAAAUGAAUGUUUCCCUGCUCAUCCCUCGCUUUCCCCAACCUUUACUCAUUCUUGACUUUUUUUCAGUUUCCUUUACCCCUUCUUUUCAUGUUCUUUAUCUUAUUCUAUCCCGGUGUCCUGCUUCUUGUUCUCAUCCUUUUUCAUUGCUGCAACAACUUUUGUUUUUGUCCAGUUUAUACAUAACAAGCUGCUUAUCAAAUGACUACAUUACAUUAUACAUGAAGCCACCCUUGAAAAUAGUUUUGAGAAAGAUUGGGAAAAUAAUCUAAGAUUUUAGGUUCAUUUAAAAAUGUAUUUAGCAUUCACACAAUGACAACAUUUGAGUAUUUGCAGAUCAUCUUCAAAGCUUGUUGUUUACCCGCAGAUUUUUGCUGAUCCAGAAACUAACAGGUAUAUUUUCUCAAGAAUCUGCGAAUAAUGGCGCAGCUUACACCUAUAACAGUCAAACUAUUACAUUAAAUAAUGACUAUACAGAUCUACAAAACAACCAAAAAA